GUAAGUGAAGCACUUGAGAGCGAGUCGCGCGCAUAACGGUCCUCACUCAAGAAACUGACUGCAUCUUCAGAAAAAUAUUAUGGAAGGACAUUGAUUUCUCAUACUGAAACAAACAUGAGAAGAAAAACUUGAGACAAGAAGUGGAGUUCGGUAGCAAUACACACCAUGGCUGCCCAUCGCAUUCGAUCAGCGAACAGCAACGCUGUGCUCCCUCGCUGCAGAUCUGAGGGUGCUCUCAUCGAUCUCAGUCAAGGAGUGUCAGAGGCCACCCUUACAGAUGUUAAAGGGCCUUCACCUAGUGCCUUGCGACUGGAUACUGCUGCUUCAUUUGGAGCUGUCAGGGAAGUGAUUGCGAUUAAGGAUUACUGUCCGUCCAGUUUUACCACACUCAAGUUCUCAAAGGGAGACUGUCUUUAUGUUAUAGACACAUCAGGUGGAGAAUGGUGGUAUGCACACAACAACAAAGAGAUGGGAUACAUCCCAUCUGCUUACGUCCAUCCGAUCAAUCAUCGAGAUUCCACGUUCAGUGACAGCGGCAUAAUUGACAGCCUAAGUGACAUUUCUGAGGGAGUGAAAGAAAUGGAUAACUCUGUGGAUUGGACGGGGUCUGCCAAACCCACAGAAUCUGGAAAUGACAAUCCUUUUGUUAAUAAACGGAUGUCAACUAACCCUUUCCUAAAUGGCACGCUGCAAGGCACCCCUGACCAAAACUACAGCCAGAGUUCAGCAAAGGCUUUGUGUUUUGGUAAUAUCUCACCUCCCAUCUCAAGCACCAGCAGUGCUAUUAAUAUUAAUGAUUUUGAAAGUGGGCUCUGUGACUCAAAAAGUAUGGGCCCUGGCUCAGGAAUUGGCCCAAAUAUUCGCAGAAACAAACCGUUUUUUGGCAGCAAGCGCUGCUACAGCAUGUCGGAAUUGUCUGUCCUACAGUCCCUGUCUGAUGGGAAUCAAGGUUCUUUGAGUUUUUUUGGUGGAAUGAAGUCACCUAAACCUGAGCAUUAUCAAAGUAGAGAGGAUUUCAAAACAGCAUGGCUAAAUCACCGUAAACUUACACGAUCCUGCCACGACCUGGACUCCAUUGGACAAAACCCAGGUUGGGGCCAAACCCAGCCAAUAGAGACCAACAUUGUGUGCAACCUGGACAGUUCUGGUGGUACCGUGGAGCUGCCAAAUACCAGUAUCAGUAUACAUAUUCCUGAGGGUCACGUUGCACCAGAUGAGACUCAACAGAUAUCACUGAAGGCCCUUCUGGACCCACCGUUGGAGCUUAACAAUGAUAGAUGUACUACUGUAAGUCCAGUGGUAGAGGUAAAACUCAAUAAUAUGGAAAUCAAGACCCCAGUCACUUUAGAGAUGAAGGUGUCUGUUGUGGUGAAAGUAGAGAGCCGCAAAAACACAGAGGUGGUGUGUGUGAGAAGCGACUUCAAGGAAGGUCCAUAUGUCCAGAUUCCACAUGUAUGCAUGUAUGGAGACACAGUUCAAGUGACUCUGGACAAUUUAGAGCCUUGCAUGUAUGUCUCUGUAGUUGCCCAAGCACAGACAGUGGCCCCAUACAACACAGUCUGGGAACAUGUCGUAAAAAAGGUCACUCUUGGGGUAUAUGGGCCAAAACACAUCCACCCGUCUUUCAAGACUGUGGUGGCCAUUUUUGGCCAUGACUGUGCCCCAAAGACGUUGCUAGUUAGUGACGCAAAAAAGCAUUCUCAGUCAACUCCACCUGUUGUCCUCCAACUCUGGGGGAAGCACCAGUUUGUCCUAACAAAACCUCAAGACCUUCAGGUUGGUGUGUAUUCGAACAUGUCCAAUUUUGAAGUGAGGGCCAAUGAACAUGCAAGAAUCGUGAGGGGAUUUCAGAUCAAACUUGGCAAAGUGGCCCGCCUCAUCUACAUGAUUGCAGCACGCGAUUCAAAUGACAUUUCAGACUUUACUUUGCGUAUUCAGGUCAAGGAUGAUAAGGACUGUAUCUUGGCCCAGUUUUGCGUUCAGACCCCAACCCCACCACCAAAAACAAGCACAAGUAGCUCCGUUCAACGGCGCUUCCUCAAGAAAAAGGAAGUAAACAAAAUCAUACUUUCUCCUCUUGCAGCGACUGCAAAGUACCCUGUGUUUCAGGACAGACUAGUCAAAAACCUGAAAUUUGCUAAGUUCCUGAAAACUGUUGUAAGGCAGUCCAAAAGUCUGUAUUUGCUAGAGUAUCUUAGAGGUGACAUAGUGGCCCUUUUGAGUGAGGAAAAAAUCAAACUUAAAGGACAUUUAUGGACCAAAGAGUGGUACUUCGGAUACUACCAUGGAAGAAUUGGGUUGGUGCAUGCAAAAAACAUUCUAAUCAUGGGAAAAGUGAAACCUGUUAAUUUCAAAGGGUCUGAUCUUACAACUACAAUCCUUUUAGAGCAGCUCCUAAAGCCCUGCAUGUGCCUGACAUAUAUCUACGCAUCUGUGCGGACAAUACUGAUGGAAAACGUGGCGAGUUGGAGAGUGUUUGCUGAUGCAUUGGGCUACGUCAAUCUGCCUCUGGCACAUUUCUGUCGGACAGAGGCAGAAAGUGAGCCUGAAAAAGUGGCUUCUGUUCUGGAGAGGCUCAAGGAAGACUGCAACGCAGCUGAGGGCAAGGAGAGGAAGUCUUUCCAGAAGGAACUCAUGAAGGCUCUUCUGAAGAUGGACUGUCAGGGCCUGGUGGCACGGCUGGUCAUGGACUUUGUGCUGUUGACUACAGCGGUGGAGCUGGCGGGUCGCUGGAGGGAGCUUGCUGAGAGACUGGCGAAAGUUUCCCGACAGCAGAUGGAAGCGUAUGAGGCUCCACACAGAGACAGCGGGGGACAACUGGACAGUGAGGCCAUGUGGAAACCUGCCUAUGACUUCCUGGUCACGUGGGCAGCUCAGAUUGGGGACAGUUACAGGGAUGUGAUUCAGGAACUUCACACUGGAUUGGACAAAAUGAAGAACCCUAUUACCAAGCGCUGGAGGCACAUCACAGGCGCCCUCAUCCUUGUCAACUGUCUGGAUCUUCUACGGAGCUCUGCUUUCAGCCCCUGCUCGCAGGAUGACUGCGCCAUAUAAAGACUACCUACAUCGCCUGUCGUUUACAAGACCCAGAUACACCUGAUUUCAAUUGUAUUCAUUGUGUUGUUUUUAAUUUUCCUAAAUGCACUUAUAUGUUUGCAAAAUAGAUUUGUUGCAAAGUAAAUUGUACAUUGAACCAAAUUACUGAAAUGUGUAGGCCUAUUGCUUAUGUUUUAAUACUUUAAUGUAAAAUAAGUUUUUUUUUUUUCAUUGCAUAUCAUCAUGAUUUUAUACUUAUACUAAAUUUUGCACAAAGGAUUUUACAUGCUUCUACAUUUUUCACUAAUACUGUAACAAUCUUACUCUUUUAUGUUUUGUGAUGCCAACACUGUUUGCUGAACUGCCUGUUUUACUUUGCUGUAAGUGUACAUGUGCGUCUCAAUGAAUUAGAAUGUCAUGAAAUUCAAUGCACACAGGCUGAAGUAGUCCAAGUCUUUGGUUCUUUUCAUUGUGAUUUAGGCUCACAUUUAACAAAAACUCACCAAUUCAUUAUCUCAACAAAUUAGAAUACUUCAUAAGACCAGUAAAAACAUUUUUAGUGAAUUGUUGGCCUUCCUGAAAGUAUUUUUAUUUACUGUACAUUUACGCAAUACUUGGUAAGGGCUCCUUUUGCUUCAAUUCGGUGUGGCAUGGAGGUGAUCAGUUUGUGGCACUGCUGAGGUGGUAUGGAAGCCCAGGUUUCAGCUCAUCUGCACUUUUUGGUCUCUUGUUUCUCAUUUCCCUCUUGACAGUACCCUAUACAUUAUGGGGUUCAGGUCUGGAGAGUUUGUUGGUCAGUCGAGCACACCAACACCAUGGUAAUUUAACCAACUUUUGGUGCUUUAGGCAGUGUGGGCAGGUGCCAAAUCCUGCUCAUAAAUGUAAUCAGCAUCUACAUAAAGCUGGUCAGCAGAAGGAAGCAUGAAAUGCUCCAAAAUGUCUUGGUUAACGGGUGCAGUGACUUUGGUUUCCAAAAAACACAAAUGGACCAACACCAGCUGAUGACAUUACACCCCAAAUCAUCAAAGAUUGUGGAAACCUAACACUGGACUUCCAACAACUUGGGCUAUGAGCUUCUCCACCCUUCCUCCAGACUCUAGGACCUUGGUUUCUUGAUUAGCUGAUUGGCAUAUUCUAUUUUGUUGAGAUAGUGAAUUGGUAGGUAUAUGUUAAAUGUGAGCCGAAAUCAUAACAAUUAAAAUAACUAGACUUAAACUACUUCAGUCUGUGUGCAUUUAAUUUAUUUAAUACACAAGUUUCACAAUUUGAGUUGAAUUACUGAAAUAAAUGAACUUUUCCACAACAUUCUAAUUUAUUGAGAUGCACUUGUAUAUUAUGUUGUUUGGUGUUAAGUAGCCUGAUGUUUUUAUAAGUGAAAAUAAAUGUUAGUAUGAAAAGUUACAUGAAAAAAUAAAACAUGAGCUUAAUAAAGAGAUAUUAAAGUAAUGGGAUCACUCUAUCCAGUUGUUAAUAAAACGUACAAAUUCUUUCAUCA